GGUCAAAUUAUAAAAAUUCAAACAGCAUAUUUUAGUUCUGAUAGAAUAAAUAGAAGAAUACCAAAAAUUACAAUCGUUUUAAAAAGGCAUCCAGAUUUUGUUGCAAAUUGA